AGUUUAGAAAAUGACAAUUUGUGGUAGCUAUUAAUCUAUCACCUUUUAACUGUGUGAAUUAAAGUCAAGGCUAGAGCACAGGACAAUGACCUUUAUAACCCCCCUGUGCUUCUGUGGUGUCAAUCCAGUGUGCCCACCUGGUUUUUUUGGUUUGAAUUGUUCUAACAUCUGUGACUGCACAAAUGGAGCCAAUUGUGAUGCAGUGAGUGGACAGUGCAUUUGUCUUCCAUGUUUCCAUGGCAGCCAGUGCAAGAAAGGAGCCUGGAUGUUUGGACACAAUUGUCAUCACCUUUGUAACUGUGAAGGAGAAAACCCUUGCCACCAAGUAACUGGAAAAUGCCUCUGCCCACCAGGCAGAACUGGAGCUGAAUGUAAAGCUGAAUGCAUACCAGGCCAUUCUGGACCUAACUGCUCUGAAGUACCAGUGUGCCCAUAGAGCUUGCUAUAACCCUCUCAACCAGAGCUGCAUUUGCCCGCCUAAAAGAAUGGGUCCAACCUGUGAGGAUAAUGGUUCUGAGAGUCCUCAGUAAUCAAA